AUGGCUGCUGCUGUCGCCACCCCUUACGUCCGCACCGACGGACACGCCCUCGAGGAGACCACCGACUUCGUCGAGGAGGUCAACAUCCUCAAGGACCAGUACAACAAGGCGCAGAACGACUACGAGGGCGAGUCCAAGUUCGACUCAGAGAAGGACAAGACUGCUUUCCGCCAGUACGAGGAUGCCUGCGACCGCGUCAAGACCUUUUACAAGGAGCAGCAUGAGAAGCAGACCGUCGAGUACAACCUCGCUGCCCGCAAGAAGUUUGCCAUCGACCUUACUGGCAAGAUCCCCUGCCGCGAUGAGAUGACCAUCUGGGAGGCCAUGGAGAAGCUCAACACCCUCAUCGACAACUCGGACCCCGACACCGAGCUCUCUCAGAUCCAGCACUUGCUCCAGACCGCCGAGGCCAUGCGCCGUGACGGCAAGCCCCGCUGGAUGCAGCUUACCGGCCUGAUCCACGAUCUCGGCAAGCUCCUCUUCUUCUACGGAGCCGAGGGCCAGUGGGAUGUCGUCGGUGACACCUUCCCCGUCGGAUGCGCCUUUGACAACCGUAUUGUCCUCCCCACCACCUUUGAGGGCAACCCUGACAACACCCAUCCCGUCUACAGCACCAAGAACGGCAUCUACGAGCCCGGUUGUGGUAUCGAGAACCUGAUGAUCUCUUGGGGUCACGACGAGUACAUGUACACCGUCUGCAAGGAGCAGUCCAAGCUUCCCCGUGAGGCUCUCGCCAUGAUCCGUUACCACUCCUUCUACCCCUGGCACCGCGAGGGCGCCUACCGCGAGUUCAUGAAGGAGGGUGACGAGGACCUUCUCAAGGCUGUCCUUGCCUUCAACCCCUAUGACUUGUACAGCAAGUCCGAUGACGCCCCCACCGUCGAGGAGCUCAAGCCCUACUACAUGGAGCUCAUCGACGAGUACUUCCCCAGCAAGGUCAUCAAGUGGUAG